UUCAGACACAACCCCUGUGAUUAGACGCUGAUCUCCCCGUCUGAAUGGGACACAGAGAGGAGGGACCCAAGGCAUAGAGACUGACUCCCCCCCUUGAGACUUCCAUUGAGGAAAACGGACGAGAAGAAGGAAGAAACAGCCCCCCCCCUCCCCACUGCGAUACGAGAGAAGGAAACAGCAAAGGCUUGAGCAGGAGAAAAGUAUGACCGUGCCUGAACUGUGUUAGAGCUUUCUUUUUUCUCUCUCGGCUUCUGUCUCUCUCUCUCUCUCUCCCUCUCCCCCCCUCUCUCUUUGUCUCCGAGGUGUUUAACUUUGGGGGAUCUCGGGCAUUUCUGCACCGCAAGGGACGAAGCUGCAGGCGGCGGCGGCGGCGGCAAGACAGCAAGAAAGAGGCAGCCACAUGCGCCAAGUGGGGGGUGUUAAAAGUUGAGUCUCGAUUCCGGGCGCCGUAGAUCAAAACAGGUGCUGCUAGCAAGUCAUGAUGGUUGAAUCAGCCUCGGAGACAAUACGUUCUACUCCCUCCAGUCAAAAUGGUGUCAGCAGCCUAAACAAUCCAACUGAUGGAGGAGGAGGAGGAGGAGGUGGUGGCGGUGGAGGAGGAGGAGGAGGGUGUGGAAGAGAGGGAGGAGCCAGUGGAGAAACCAAUGGAGAAAUGAGCCCAGUGGAACUCCUCCAUUUUCAGCAGCAGCAGGCUCUUCAGGUGGCAAGGCAGUUCCUUCUGCAGCAGGCAACAGGGCUGACUUCUCCUAGCAGCAAUGAAAGUAAGCAGCCAGCCGUUCAGGUUCCAGUGUCUGUGGCUAUGAUGUCUCCUCAGAUGAUCACACCACAGCAGAUGCAACAGAUUCUAUCUCCACCCCAGCUUCAAGCCCUGCUGCAGCAGCAGCAAGCAAUUAUGCUGCAACAGUUGCAGGAAUACUACAAGAAGCAGCAGGAACAACUUCACCUGCAGCUUCUGACUCAGCAGCAAGCUGGAAAGCAGCAAGCCAAAGAGCAGCCAUUAGGGAAUAAGCAGCUGGCAUUCCAACAACAGCUCCUGCAGAUGCAGCAGCUGCAGCAGCAGCACCUGUUAAACCUCCAGCGACAAGGGUUGGUCAGUUUACAGCCAGGACAAGGCACCGUUCCUCUGCAGACCCUUCCACAAGCUGUGUGUCCCUCAGACCUUCAACAGCUGUGGAAAGAGGUUACUGCUACUCAACCUGUAGAAGAAAGCAUCAAGCAAGAGGGACUCGACCUCAGCACCAACACCUCAAAUUCUACCUCGUUUUCGGCUGCCAAGGUCUCUCCUCCAAUUUCCCAUCACCCUCUCCCCAAUGGACAGAACGCCAUGCUCACACAAAGGAGGGACAGCUCUUCUCAUGAGGAGACUCCUGGUUCACAUCCCCUGUAUGGACAUGGGGAGUGCAAAUGGCCUGGUUGUGAAACCCUCUGCGAGGACUUGGGACAGUUUAUCAAACACCUCAAUACAGAACAUGCACUUGAUGACCGGAGCACGGCUCAGUGUCGAGUUCAAAUGCAAGUGGUACAGCAGCUGGAAAUACAGCUAGCUAAAGAAAGUGAACGUCUCCAGGCGAUGAUGGCCCAUCUCCAUAUGAGACCUUCAGAGCCAAAACCCUUCAGUCAGCCUCUGAACCUGGUUUCCAGCGCUACGCUAUCCAAGAGCACUUCUGAUACCUUUCCUGAUGGAUUACCUCAUCCCCCCACCUCUGCUACUGCACCCAUUACUCCAUUGCGACAGGGUCCCUCUGUUAUCAGCUCCUCCACUUUACACAAUGUAGGGCCUAUUCGCAGGAGAAACUCAGAGAAGUUCUGCACACCAAUUUCCUCAGAACUUGCACAGAAUCAUGAGUUUUACAAAAAUGCAGAUGUCCGCCCUCCCUUCACAUAUGCCUCACUUAUCCGGCAGGCUAUCCUUGAGACACCUGACAGGCAGCUAACGUUAAAUGAAAUCUACAAUUGGUUCACACGGAUGUUUGCCUACUUCAGGAGAAAUACAGCUACCUGGAAGAAUGCUGUACGCCACAACCUGAGCCUGCAUAAGUGCUUUGUGCGAGUGGAAAAUGUCAAGGGAGCAGUGUGGACAGUAGAUGAACACGAGUACCAAAAGAGAAGGCCACCAAAGAUGACUGGGAGUCCAACUUUAGUGAAAAACAUGAUUUCUGGCCUUAGUUAUGGAGCACUUAAUGCCAGCUACCAGGCAGCUCUGGCUGAGAGCAACUUUCCUCUUCUGAAUAGUCCCACCAUGAUCAACACAAGUUCCACUAGUGGCAUGCUACACAUAGGCCAUGAUGAUGUGAGCAGCACUGUAGAACAAGUCAACAGCAAUGGCAGCAAUAGCCCCCGGCUUUCACCACAGCAGUACAACCAUCAAGUGCAUGUGAAGGAAGAACCAGCUGAGACAGAAGAUGACAGCAGACCUGUUUCUCUCAUGGCAACUACCAAUCAGAAUGUGACAAUUCCUGAUGACAGAGACCUGGAGGAGGAACUGCCAGUGGAAGACUUGUCUUAAGGGUCCUUCACCUUCAUGUAGGGCCCAUCAUUUCCCAGAGACAAAGCAAUGGCUCCUGCCUCCUCAAGGUGACCUUCAGCAUUACUUGGUUAAGGCACUUCUGCAAAGCAAAAGGGUUUCCAUGAGUCUACCCAUUGCUGAAGGCACACCCUUUUCUCCCCUUUUUACAUCCCAGUGACUCUUAAAAGACAUUCACAGAGGGGGAUGUGCAAAAAACAAAACAAAAAACAGAGUUGAGCUUUUUCCUUUUCUUAUUUUUUUUUAAAUUUUGUAAUUGGUAAACGAGGAUGGUAGGUUGUUUCUGUCCGAAGACUUCUUUGCUGCCUUCCCUCUCCAUACCCCCACCCUCAUGGGGAUAAAAAAGAAGCUGUCUUGUAUUGUCUGCUCUGUGUUUUGUCAUUUUCAACUCAUAUACCUGGUUUCCACAAAUCAAGAUUUUGGAAGCAUCCAGUUCAUUAAGGGACAAUAUGAAAGCCAAAGGCUUCAGUAAAUGUCCCCUAUUUUCCCAUGGAAAGCAUUUUCAAUAGUUUGCCGGUAAUCCCACUGAGAACUUUGCACUAGGAGGAAUCUAUUCUCACUCUUUCUUACUUUCACACAUGCACUGUCUCCAUCUCUCACACACAUACAUCCUUGCCACUCUAACACCACUUCUGAAUACUGGAAGAGCGAUGGAAACAAGACCUCUGCCAUGGUCCUAAUGUUCCAACUUCUGUUCAUUUUCUGACUGGGCAAAAAAUGAAAAACUGGCCUUACUUUAUUAAAUACAUUAUAGGAUAGCAAGGGGUCAGUCACUGCUACACAUAAAACCACUUGGUUAUUCUUUUUUCAACCUGUGUUUGUUUUGUUCCAAAAUCAAGAAGCAAUCUUCUACCAGCAGUCAUGGUUGACAGCCAAUCUUCAACUCACAAAGCUUUAUUCACCAUAAAAUCCAGGGAUGAAUGUCCAUUCCCUGCCAUCACAUAUUUUUAAAUAUUUCCAGAAGCCAACAUAUGGGCAGUCGGCAAGCAAGCUAAUGGGGCCCAGCUUGAGACUGAAUCAGGGAGAGACUUCUGCAAGAUGAAUCUUUUGCUUGCUUCUAUCAGCUUCCAUUCUGUUUCUUCCAUUCCAGCAAAUACUGAAGCCAGAAAGCAUGACUCCUUGAUUGUUUAUGUGGGCAAAUGGGAAGGUUUAGCAGAUGUAAAUGGAUCUGAUUUGGCAAAGCCACCAACAUCUAAAGCACUUGGAAUAGGAAAAGGGGGACAAGCUGAAAUAUAUGGCUGCAGAGAACAGACCAAGACUGGGUUGACCACACAGAAUUCAAAUUCAGUUCAUUUACCUGUAAAUGUAAAAUAAGUAAUUAUUUACUAUUGUGAUCAAACACAACAAAGCUAUGAAGAAGCACUCAGUUUCCUGUAACAUCCUCUAGUAAAAAUAUAUCCUGUCCCACAACUCUUGUGCUAGUUCCUAGCUGUAAACUAAUGUGGAAGGAAAAGAUGCUUCCAAAGUGUGGUAACAGGAAUUAAAUGUGUCAGAUGAAUAGUAUUGACCCAAACAAUAUACUUUGAUUUUUGUCAACUCAUUGUCUGCUGCCUCACAUCAGAAUACUUUUUUAAAAGAUGUAAAGAGCGCUUCUCAUGACAGAAAACAACAGGUUUCCAAAGGCUAUUCUGCUGCUCCCCCCAUAAAAGGACAACUCAAAUGUUUCUCCUUGAUUACUGAGACUCUGACAGUUGCUGAUUGAGAAAUUGGUUUGGUCACUGUAUGACCAGGAAUUCAACAUCUCAAGAAAGAUGAAUACUAAUGUUUCUAAAGGAGUCUUUCUGCAACAGACCCACACGUGCUUCCCUCUCCCAUCAAUAAAUCUCUGAAACUUAUUUUCAGACCUAAUUGGGAUAUAGGAGUUCCUCCCAUUAUUUUGGAAGACAAGCUGAUCCAGGCAAUUUGAUGUUUUCUAAAAUGACAGCUGUUCCUCUUCUAUAUUCUGUAGCCCAUGAAGAAAAUAAAUCACAGCUAUGUAUGAAUAGUCAAAUUCAACAUUGAUAAUUAUGCUAAAUGUCCUCCCCAAACUAAGAUGCUCAAGAAUAUUUAGUCAGCAUAUUUCUGAUUAAUCUUAGGAUUCCUUUCUACUGUUCUGAUUUUCAUGGUUAAAUAAUGCUUUUCCAUUGCUCCAAACACUAUGCAGCUCAUGGCAGUUGGUAAUAUGUGACAUAAAUCCUUUUGAAUUGGGGGGGGGGGUGUCUGCAUUUUCCUUAUAUGCAGAAUUGCUCCAUUUGUCUCCAAUACAGUGCAUUCUUAGUCCCCUUUUCAGCAGCUGGCAAACCAUGAUAACAGCCCAUCCUUUUUUAAAAAAAAUUCUACUCCUAACUCACAAGAUUAUAAUAAAUCAACUAGCACUUGAGUCUUUUUACCUAACAUAGAAUGGGACAUUAUUCCUGAACUGCCACAGAUUUCUGUUUGUAGAUGAUAGGUAUCAAAUUUCUUAGCCCAAAUCAAAUUCUCUCUCUUUAAAAAAAAGGAGGGAGGAUUAUUCUCUGCAAUAGCUCUAAAGCCACAUGGGUAAUCUCUAUUUGCUCAGUUUUUCCGAUCUAUCUCCCGGAUAGAAAUGUGGCGAGUCACGCUAGCAUUUAAAAAAAAAAAGGGAAAGAAAGAAAUGGUAGACUGGGUAAUAUUGGCCAGUCUCCAUCUCUCUUUGCUUUUCAGAUGAUUUCACUGAUGGAAGAAGAGCCCUGACUUCAAAUCUCAAACAGCUGCCCCAUACUGGGUAAAAUUUGAAAAUGUUUUAUCUAAGUGAUGGCAUUGUCCAUCUAACAGUUCAUACUUCCUUUUUAACGUUUCCCUUCUCCAAGAUUCUCAGUUUACUAAAUAAUAUGUGCAAAUGAUCCAGACUGAUUUUGAAUCUAGGUAAAAUCAAAAGCAGCAAGAAUGAAAAACAUCCUCCAUUUCUGAAUUAUGGCUGCAAGAGUAAAGAAAUUCUACAACCCUUACUCAGAAAACUUGUCAGUGCUUGAUUCCUGGAGCCUACAGUAGAGGGCUCUACUGAACACACAUUUUCCCCUACUCUGUUUCCUAGUGUUUCUAACAGGCAGGCAAAACUGUAAAGUUUGAUAUUUAGAUAAAAUGAGCUAAUUGCUCUGAUUUGAAAGGGGUUGCAUACUUUAGGGGACCAAGAGGAACAGUCCCUAAGCUGCAGAAAACUGGAUCAUGUUUAUGGGGUGUGGAUCAAAGUACAACUACUUUUAAGAGCCUCCUUAGAGAACCAUCAAGUGGCUUGCUCUUCAAGGACCACAAAGACAGGCAAUAUAGGACUGCAGGCACUGAGAGUACCUCAACACUUUUUGAUUAUCCAUCCCUCAGGUCUCAGUUUUACUCCAGAAGCAGCUCAAGAAAAUGCACCUAUCCUUUUAAGCAAAAACACACCACACCUCAUUUUCUUCUUGGGACCAUAUUUAAAUGUCUCCCUGGUGUCCUCUGUAGAAUGCUUUGCAAUUGGCUUAAUCAUUUACCAAAGACCUUGCUUAGACAAGAAGCAUAAACCAAAACACUUAAUAUUUUUUGUUUGGUGCUUUUAUUCUGACUUAUUCUAACUUCUGGCAUCAGCUGGAAAGGAAAAAAAUCACAAAGAUCCUGCGUCCCCUUAGCCCUUUUGUCACUUUCUUUUGAUUUUAAGUUAUUAUUUAAAUCAAAGUUUACAGGUGCUGUUUUGUACAUUUCUAAUGAAGUUAGACCAGGAACAUGGAUUGCUGCUUUGCGUUUGAAGUUUCUUGAACCAAGGGUACGCUGUGAAGCCUAGGGCGGUUUGGCAUUCCGUGGGUCUCUUCUGAACCUACUUCCAUCUUGCUGCCGCUGGUUUCUUUUUUUCCUUUACAGAUCAGAACUGGCUUUAUUCCAUGUUAACUUUUCAGCUGUUCUUUGUAUGCAUUGGAAUUUUUCUCUCUGUUUUCAGCAUUUUUUUCUUUUUAAUUUUCAAAGGGUUUAUUGCCCUAACCCCUUCUCCUCCUCUUCCAAAACAACCGGGGAGCCUGGUCUUUUCUUUGAAGCGCUGUUGGGUAACUCAUGUUUCUGAAAAAAAGCAGAUUCAUUGUAAUGUCUCAAACUUUGGGGAGUUGAUCUACAUAUUGCACUGUGUAAAGUAGAGAAUUCUGAACGUAAGAUAAUGUUGCAGGUGUUGCUGAAGCUACAUCUUUUAAUAGUUUCCACAAACAAAACCACCUAGUUUAUAGUAAAGUCAUGCUUCAGAAAAACAAAGUUAAGCAAAGUUUGUUCCCAGUUGUAUGCAAGUUUUCUUUUUAUUGAUUUUUGCAUUGGGUUGCAUUAAAAAAAAAAUUCUUGCAGCCUAAAAUGAUAAAUUCUGGAAUCUGUAAUGUGUAGACCCAACUCUCUGUGCAUGCACUGAGGCGCUUUUUGGAACUUUUGUCUGAUUGCAUCACAAUCUAUGUAGUGCUCUAUUGUGUCAAAUUGCUUUGCAAACAAUUCUAGAACUAAAUGGCUAUACCACAGUGCUAUUGUAUUUUGUCCUUGGUCCCCUUUUCUGUCAAUCCCUAGUAUGGCAGCUGCAUUAUCAUCAGUCUGAUCUUCUCAAAGAUGCUACCAUCCUGAUUCACUGAUCUCAUUUUUUUCUCUUGCCUGGUCCUGGUACAAUAUCAAGUGUGUGUUGGACAUCUGCAGCUGGACCUGAGAUGCCCAGGAUAUAUGUUUUUCUGCCAGUAUUAAAGUGAUGUUUCCUGGUACUGUACAGUCAAGAGCUGAACUGUAACCAUCCUUGCGUGUGGGAAGAGAUUCUCUUUAGAAAUAUAAUUGUCUCUGUUCAAACUAAAACCUCUGCCUUGCUGUUUGGGUGUGUUCAUCUUGACCCAUUUAAAUGGAGAGGCACAAGAAAAACAAAGCAUGGUACUCCGGGGUUAAUAAAUGAACUACCCAUUGUAAAUUGAGAGUUAAGUAAUGCUGAAUUAUAGAACUAGGGAGUGCUUCAGAUUUCAAGGCAAAAAGGUGCUUUGGUGUGUGUAGGGAGCUAAUGUAGCAUCUUCCUAAUGUAGCAUCCCUAGGAAAUAUAUUUUGAGUUUAAGGCAUUCCAGACAGGCUACAUCCACACCCCUGCAAGCCCCAGAACAUAUUUUUGCCUUCAAAUCCAAAGCAUUGCAUAGCCUUACUUGACUAUUGUUGCAAUGUUGGGCAAUGUGUAUUUAAUAGACUCCAAAGUUAAAACUUUUCCAGUACUAUCUCAUUUGGGGUAACAGAAUGGGGAAAGGUCAUCUGGGGCUACAGAACUGAAGAAAAGUUUUCAUCAGAUAGAAAGUUAGUCUUAAGUCUUUUCCACUGUAUACUAGACAGUCAUCUGACAGGGUUUUCCCCCAAUGCGUAGUCAAGCAAUAUGCUACUACUACUGCUCUAAAGAAACAAUCCAAGAAACACUUGGGACAUUUUUUGGUGGAUAUCUAAUCUAGGUUUGCAUUUUGAACCUGGAGCCUGCCAUAGAAGCAUCCCUAACUUCUGUUGUCUUUGUACUGGUAGCCUUCCAUUUUUUUUUUGAGAAUCUUGACAAAAUUGGGGAUGUUUCCCUUUCAUUCCAUCUAAUCCAUAUUUCAUUAGGCAUUUACUAUCGCUCAGGGGAAAUGAUUUCAGCCCUUCACUGCUGCAUAAAGGCAGAAAAUGCAGCCUCUAGAAUUCCGUUUUGCCCCAGAAUGGAGCAGCUCCAGAAUGUAUUUCACAGCUAAAAAAUCCUGCCAGUUACUUUCCUGCCUUCAUGUGACAGUAUUAAUAUGUGCAUCCUCAGAGGAUAGCUUUAAACCUAGUUCUCACAGGAGUAAUCUGUGCCUAAGCUUAGAUCAAUUCAGCCUGCAAGGGGGAAGGAAGCCAUGUGACUAAAUAUUCUUUCAUAUCACAACAACUUUCUUCCAUGCAGAAUUUUAAAAAAUAAAUGGAAAAUUUAGUCACAUGAUCUGCUACUUGAAGCCUGAAGUGGUACAGCUCAAAUACAGGUUUAUUCUUUGAGAACCAAGUCAUUGCAUUGGUUAGUGACCAUUGAAGGAAAGCGUUUCAAUUCUUGGAUGCUGUGACAACAUUCAGUCCCUCAAACAAGUAGUCCUCUCCUUCCAAAUGCCAUGGGGCAAUGCUUCCCCCACCUCCUUUUGUAGUGCAUGAGCUUUAAAAUAUUGGGCGUGCUUUCUUCAAAUGUCUGCCUUGUGUGCUGAAGUCAGGCUUCUGCUACCAACUUUUCAAUACGAGGUAUGGAUAGAUAACUGUCACUGUUGGGUUGGCUUAGAAUCUAUGCCUGGUCCUGAAGGGAACCAGCACAUAUCGAAGAAUUAGAAAAUAAGAAAGGAAGCUUUGGAAUGGUGGAUUUUUCUCCAGACUUGUGUCUGUGACAAAAUUAUUGUCUCACCACAGUUCUUGUUUGUUUUGGUGGUCCUGGCAUUCCCAAAAAAGAUUACUUAGAACUAAGGUCUAAUUUCAUUUAUUCAGCUGGUGAUGGUGUCACACUGUCCCAAUAGGGAAAAAUUCCGGGGAAAAAAUUUUUUUUUUAAACAAAACUGACAAUGCUGUAAAUUGAGAAGCAGAUCCUAAAUCUAUUCACUUUCAGUUAAAGGCUCUCUGCUGAUUUCACUUGCAGUUAAUGAGGACUUGCAUUACCUUUAUUUUUCUUGAGAGCUUUGAGAAGCUUACAGGUUUUUGCAUAGUUUGUAGGACUUUAAAUAUGUUUUUCUAAUCCUGAUAAUGUUUCUUAAAAGAACACUGAAGAAAGAAUGUAAUUCAGUAUCACUGAAUGAAUAUGCUGUUCUCUAAAGCUCUUUAGUUUGGGGUGAUUUUGUCCCCCAACAUCUUGGAAAUUUGACAUUUCUUUCUCCCAGAUUGAACUGCUAAAGCUUUAGUUCCCAACAUCUGACAUAGCUGCUGCCUGUUUGUUUAAAUGUAGCUUAUGUGACCCCUUUUUUAUGGUCAUGACUUUUGGGCAUUUUUUUCCCUGAAUUUGAUUGCAUAUCAUCUAUAAAAUGGAUUGACUUAAGAAGACCCUUAUGUAUGUGAGCGACUCGCAAGCAAAUGAUGACCAGUUUAUUCUGCCCUGGUUCUUUGGUCAGUAUUUGUUCUGUUAUACUAGCAUAUAUCCAGAUAAAAAUCAUUAAAAAAUAAUAGUAAAUAGCACCUAAGGAAUCCAGGGCAGGGGUGGGUGGGGAAGAAUAUUUAUUCUGCAUUAAAAGCCUAUUUAGAAUAAAUUUUAGCAAUAAAUACUGUUCCUCCUGGCUUCCUUCCUAGCAAAAUCAAGCUGUUAAAUAAGAAGGAUAUGCCUAUUUGAGUAAGCACAUCGAGCAGGUACUAAAGCCAUGAUUUCAUCUGCAAGAGUCUCUUCUAACAUUUACAAACUCACUGAUCCUUUACGUAGAUUACAUUUGUCCUAAAAUGGUUUAGUGAAUUAUUUCUAUUUUUGUCUUGUGAUCAGUAAGUUCAGUUCACUUUUUCAUUUAAAAGAUGACCACGUAUAAACAAACAUACAUGGACACAGUAAGAAAUGAACAAUGGCAUUUAGGUAACAGCUUCUGCUUUGCCAAAUGUGCCCAUUUAUUAUUGUUCUGUAGGUCCUAUGGAAGAGUGGUAUCUAAACAUUUCGCUUUCCUGGCCUCAAGCUCUUGGGAUUUCUUUUUAUUUUCCUCAUACCUUAUUCCUGAUUGCUGAAGCAACCUGCUGAUGCAAGCCUUGAGGAGUCUCCUUUCUUUGGCUACUGAUACCAGUGCCACCCUUCCCAGACUUUUGACUACAUUAGGUACAUCUAUUUUUGCACAUUUAUGUCCACCAAAUUAUUUCACUCAAAAUUGCAUAUAGUACUUACUUGGGGGAUUUUUUUGUCUUUAAAAAAAUAUUUUAUUUUUGUUGUUACCUCAAAAUGGCUUUUAAAGGGGUAGUGUGGGAAAGACCAAACACAAUUUGUGGCAGGAUAGUAUAUGUAUAUAUUGAUAUAUAUGCUGGUUGAAAACCUACUAAAAUUAGAUUAUUGUCUGUUUAACUAUCCUGUGAUGAGACUAAUGCAGGGAAUAUUUAGGAAGGGGUUUUUUUCUGUGUUCUGGAAUUUAGGAAGCCAUUCUUGUAUUUCUCUUUGACUUGACUUGGAUGCUGUUCCAAUUCCUUAUGUUGUUUUUGGCUUGUUUUCUCUCUUAAAUUAGUCAGUAGGAAUAGUGGGAGGAGAUAGAUGGUUGCUGAAAAGAAACUGGGACAAUGAUAUAAUUUUCUUUCCCUUCUUGGUUCCUGGAGUUAGAAAAAUAGGAACAGAAUCAAAAAAACAUUGUAUUAAACCAAAGGUGUGCGUAUUUCAGUUUUGUAUGUUUACAUAAUUUUAAUAUAGUUAUUUUUCAGGGUCAACAACAAAAAUCCCACUCUGAAAUAUCCCUGGGAUUUUGCCCUGUAUUAUCCAUACUCUGAAUUCCUAGUGGCCCUGCUCCACGUAAAUGUGGAAAUGCUCCAUAAUUUGCAGGGCAACAUGCUGUUUGUUUUUCCAGAUUUAGAUUUAUUCCAAAGUGCUGAAGGUUUGUCAGUCUGGAGUCCUCUUGUUGUUUUUUACAAUGAGAUUGUUCUACUAUAGAAGUAAGAUUUGAAGACCCACUGCUCUGCCCUUCACUUUGACGGGAUGCUCUAUGGAACAACUUUUCUCUGGGCCCUCCCAAAGAGUUGAGGCUCUGCUUCACUUGGCGUUCUUGUCUUCCAAAUCUCUCACUGAAUCUCAGGUGGCAGGAAAACACCCAAGAACCAAUGACUAGUGACUCUUGAAUCAUAUCAGCGUAAGCAGUUCAGCAUGAGCCAGCGGGUCUCUGAUCUCACUGAAUGAAAAUGAAAAUGGGAGGUUAACAUGUCUCCUGCAAUGAUCUGAUUUGCUCAUUUGUAAUAUUUUAUGUUGGCCCCAAGGGGCUUCUUCUAAUUAAAUCUUCUCUGUUGCAAAUAGGUAUCUUCUCCCUCAUCCUAGUACCCAACAUGUGGUGGGAGGGUGGGGAACACUGACAUGUCAGCACUCUGUCUGUUGUCAUUUCCUUUUCCUGGUACUCAGGAAGAUAUAAGGAAAGAGGCGAGACAUGCAGUGACCUUUAAUAUUGUGGGUUUUUUCUUCCUCACAUUUGUUGGUUUGAUGUGAUCAUCCUUUUAGCAGGUGGCAAAUCAGUGUGAAGUGAAAGAUUACUGGGGAAGGAUGUCUGUAAUCCUUUGAUCCAUCCUUCUCUUACUGCUUCACACUGCCAUAUUUCCAUGCUGUAUAAAGGAAAUAGCAUUGCUGUGUAUUUGUAUUCUGGACUUCUGUGUGUCUGCUCUGGCAGACGGUAAACCCUUGUACAGUAGAUCUAGCUGCAUGUAAUCUGUAUGGACAAUGGCAUUAUAAAAUGCAAUAAAAUUAAAUUACCUAUGA